AAAAGAAUUGUAAUUGGGAAAAAAAUUGGGAGUUCCGUGAGGUUCUAUUUCACCCUGGCGCACGGUCUGAUGACAAGCACGGUUUGGCGGAACAGUGUAGCAUUGGGCAGCUCGAUUUUCCGCCGGGUGUCGCCGUCGCAAUUGCAGUCCUUCACCGUCUCUUCAAAUCUCUCGUUUUCGCUUCCUCUCCGACGAUCAACAGCCAAAAUCUUGGCCAUGGCAAUGUCGAAUGGAUCGGGCAGUGGAGUGGUUCGCUUCAAAGUAUCUCCCUCAACCGCCUGCGUUAUUCAGAAGGGUGACAUCACAAAGUGGUUCAUCGAUGGUUCUUCUGAUGCCAUUGUUAAUCCAGCUAAUGAAGUAAUGCUUGGAGGUGGUGGUGCUGAUGGAGCGAUACAUAAUGCUGCUGGACCUGAUCUCGUGCAAGCAUGUUAUUCUGUCCAAGAAGUCCAACCUGGAAUCCGCUGUCCAACUGGAGAAGCAAGGAUUACUCCAGGUUUUCGGUUGCCAGCAUCUCAUGUAAUCCAUACCGUUGGACCCAUCUACAACGCCAGUAGUAACCCCCAGGCCUUAUUGAGAAGCGCAUAUAGAAAUUCCUUGGCUGUGGCAAAGGAGAAUAACAUUCAAUAUAUUGCCUUUCCCGCCAUAUCCUGUGGUGUAUAUCGAUAUCCUUUUGAUGAAGCUGCCACAAUAGCCUUAUCAACCGUUAAAGAGUUUUCCAAUGGCUUGAAAGAGGUACACUUUGUCCUUUAUUCUUCUGAUAUUUACAAUGUUUGGUUGGAGAAGGCAAAUGAACUGCUCAAGAACUAACUAUAUAGUGCAGUCUGCCUUGGAAUGGUAAUGGUAUCAAUCAAUCAACCAAUGAUUCACCUUGGACAUAUAAAGUCUUUGUGUUGCUUUCAUCUGAACUCAGUCAUGCUUUCUUAUCAAACACUCUUAAAGGGGUUAUUAGAAUAAACGUUGGCUCCUUUCUCAAAUGGUAAGAGUUGUAUAAGUGCAUCCUCGACUCGUCUCAAUCAAUCCACCUCUUAUAGCUUUUCUA